AGACGGAAUUUCGCUAGGAAAAGGCCAGGUGUUUGCAUCUCUUGAUUGUGCAGCCAUAAAAGGGAAUACGGAAUUAUAACUCGAAGCUUUCUCUAGCUAUUCAGCAAACAAGCCACCAAUGGAAACUCUAAUGCCAUCAGAUGAUGUCCCGACCAAGGUUUUUGAAGCCUUGAACAAUUUGCUCGUGCUGGCUAUUCGAAGGCGGCGUUGGUAUGAAUAUCAUGACUUGGAAAAAUUCCUGGCCAGUAACCCACUUCUUUUUGGAAUACUUCUGUCUCGAUCUUGUCCCCUGCAGACACAGUUCUACAUUUGGGGGUUAAGCAGGCAAACUGAUGAUUUGUUAGAUGUGAUUUUCAAAACGCCAUAUAAAUUUGAAGAAUUCCUGGCCAGUAAUCUGCAAGAUGAGAUACUAAAAUCUGCUCGAGACCGAGUAAAUAUAUACCCUCUGCAUGAUGCUUCUAAAUGGGGGUUCAUUCAUAUCGUAAAAUUAAUACUGAUUUAUGAGUCGGGUUCGAGUAGCGUAUGUCUUCUCAGAGAUAUGGAUGGGAACACUCCUCUUCACUGUGCAUUAAAAAACAACAGGGCUAAAGCAUUCAAAACCUUGUUGGAGUGGUACAUCAUCCAUGGAGAGUUUUUAAACAAUAAUGCUGGAGACUGGGAGUGUGGAGACACCACCUUGGACCUGCUGGUUGAUAGCUAUGUGGCGAUUGUGAUGGAGCUAUUAAGGAAAACUGAGAGUAAGGUAUGUUUCCUUAGAGAAUUUUGGGUAGGAAAGAAAUACUUUGUGGUCAUUAAAUGCAAGAAUAAGGGAAGUAUUGGAACCUCCUUUACUGGAAAAGUGACUUCUAAAACCACAAAUCGGACAAUUGCUAGUAUCUCGGUGGAUUCAAGGUCCAUAAUAACCUUGAAAGUCUUGAUAAGGAGUGCCAUGGUUAGAGGGAUCUUGGAUGUCCGAAAUGUGGCCGGGAACACUGUGUUUGACCUGCUAAGACAAAACGAUGAAGAAGUAAUAAAAACUAAUGUGAUGGGAUUCGUACCGUAUGAGAGGUAUGAAAAUGUAAUAUGGUUGUUGGAUGCUAUACAAACGGGAGAUUAUGAAGCUUUCUGUAAAUUACAAGUGGAAGAUCCAAAGAUCCUGGAGUAUGUUUGUGAGUUACCUUUUGGCGGAACACCAUUACACAUUGCUGUGAAAUUUGGGAAGCUAAACGAUUGUAUCAGAGAUAUCAUAAGAAAAAAACCUGAUUUCGGUGCGACAGAUGACCAUAAGGCGCGUUUUCCACUUCACAUAGCUUCCGCCAAAGGUUACCUUGAUAUCGUAAAAGAACUGCUUACACAAUUUGGUUCCGUUAUUAGUAUUUGUGGUACUCAACAAGAUAACUAUAUGACUGGAAAUUUUUUGGGAACUCCUAUUGAGUAUGCGAUAGAAAGAGGCAGGAUUUCAGUUGUCAAUGAAUUACUCCCUGUUUGGUGGAAGUGUUUUGGAGUUGCAAUAAGGGAAAAAGUUUCGUCAUUUGUUAGAAGUGCAGUGUAUAGCAAACAAUUCGAAGCACUAAAAAUGUUGAUGGAGAGGUACAUUGAAGACGAGCUAUUAAAAUCUAAGGAAGUGGAUGGAAAUCCAAUGUCGGCUUUGGCUGAUGGAUACAUCGAGAUUGUAUUAAAUCAUCUAUUGAGUCCAAAAGUUAAUUAUAGCCUGUCGAUUCUUGUGAAGAACAGAGGUGAUGGAAAAACAACCGGUGCAAAACUGCCUCUUAAUCUAUAUUUUGUGGUAAUCAAAGUCCUAAGUAAUAGCAGGAGGGAGGAUAAUAAUAUAAUUGAUGAACUACAAAUCUCUGCUUACUAUCCGAAAUAUUUCCGUGAGGUGGAAGUCCAGAACAAGAUGGUUCUUCAACUUUCGAAGGACUAUGAAAACUCAGUGACAUUUAAACUCCUGCUACGAAGUCCUCUAUUUUACCAAUUACAUUAUUUGACUGAUGAUUCAGUUUUUGAUGCUCUACUGGACAACAAGGAUGUGGUGGAGAAUGAAAUGGGAACACUUAUUCCAAUAUGGGGUAACAAAAUAAGCAAUGCCUGUCGAUCAUCUUCCAUAAAUGUAUAUGAUGAGGCCAAAAAAAAGCUUGGUGAAGGUACCAAAAAUGGUGAUGAAGGUAUAGUAGCUGAAGGCAAUGGGGCAGCAAAAGAAUACUCUCAAAAUGUAAAAGCUGAUUACAUAAACGACAGUGCAGAAGAUGAUACUGAAAAACCACAUGAUCAAGAAAUGCUAACUGAUUAUAGACUGGAUGGUUAUACUGUGAGAAAUCAAGACAGAAUUUCGUUAUGGAUUCGCCAAAAGUUUGCAUCUUUGGAAGAAUGUCGUAAUGCUAUAAAGGAUGCUGCAAUAUUAGAUAAAACUGAAGUCAUAUUCACCAAAUCCACGAGUGAAAGGGUAGUUGCUAAAUGCUCAAAGCCAAUAAUUUGUAAAUGGAUAAUACGUGCUAAAGCCGAAAGCAAUUCCAGUAUUUACGUUGUGACCGAAAUAGCGGAUGAGCAUACAUGCACACGUUUGAAGGGUGCUACUAAUAAGCUGGCGACUGCUAAAUGGGUAAGCAGUCAUAUUAUUGAUCAUGUAAGGCAAGAUCACAAUAUUUCGACCCAACAGAUUAGACAUAUUAUGAAGCAGUCUAAGUUCCAAAUUGAUAUUACUCGCAAAUCAGCAGAACGAGCAAAGGAAGGGGCUUUGGAUACAAUACAUGGAUCACAAGAGACUAGAGAAUUUGUCAAGUCUCAAUACCAAGUAGAUGUUACAUACGAAGCAACAAGAACAACAAAGAAAAAGGAUUUGGAAGUAAUGUAUGUCACCAAUCCAAAAGAAAAUACAGUUGGCCCAAAAAUUGUACUAAAGAGGCGAAGAAAAAGUUCGAUUGCUUCAUCAUCUCUUUCAUCAAAUGCACACCAAAGCAAGUCAAAUUUGAGGUUUUUGGAACAUAUUCCCGGACCAAUGCAUGAGUAUAUACAUAGCACUCAAAAUGUCACCGAGGAUGGACAUUGUGGUUACAGAGUUGUUGCAAUACAAUCCGGUUAUGAACCAAUGGAUGCUUGGAAACAAGUUCGAAGAGAGUUACUGAUUGAGAUUGUUCAAAAUGAAGAACUUUACGUUAAAAUGAUGGGCAUGAAUGCAGUUGCAAAUAUGAGAAAAGCGUUUGCACAUUUCGCAGACCGUGCUACUGAUCCCCAAUAUUGGUUGAGCUUGCAUGACGCAGGAUAUGUGAUUGCUAAUGCUUAUAAGGCUGUGGUUGUAUCACUUUCUGUCAACUCGGGAAAUUUAACGUUUCUACCCCUUCUGGAACCUCCACCUGAAGGACGACCUCUCCGUACUAUCACUUUUGGCUUUGUUGAUGGAAAUCACUUCAUCAGCUUGACUUUGAAACCUGAUGCCCCGAUACCUCAAGUCGAUAGACGUUGGGAUACUAAUGUCUCCAAGGAGGCUGAAGUCUGGAAAACACCUUAUCUGAAUAGAUUUGAGAAGUUUAAGCAGAUCAUGGAUGAUCAAGGAAGCAAAGGUCAUUGCCCGAUAAUAAUCCUUGAAUCUUAA